AUGAAUGACGCCAUUUAUUUUUGGAUUUGCCAGACUAAGGUGUCGUUUUUUAAUUCGGUAUUUUCAUUCACAUUUAAACUAGAACGGUUGUUUUAAAAUACAAUUGUUAUUUGCUAAUUAAAUACGUAACCGUCUAGAAAACUGUGUAAAGUUUCUAAAAUAAUGGGUGUUCAAAUCGAAAGCAUUUCUCCUGGAGAUGGACAAACUUUUCCAAAAACCGGCCAAACAGUUGUCGUUCAUUACACAGGAACACUAGAAAAUGGAAAGAAGUUUGAUUCUUCAAGAGACCGAGGUACCCCUUUUAAAUUUCAUAUUGGCAAAGGAGAAGUAAUAAAAGGAUGGGAUGAAGGAGUUGCACAGUUAAGUGUUGGUCAAAGGGCCAAACUAAUUUGUUCUCCAGACUAUGCUUAUGGCUCUCGGGGACAUCCUGGAAUUAUUCCACCAAAUGCAACCCUUAUUUUUGAUGUUGAACUACUUAAAGUUGAAUAGUCUGUUAAUGAUGUCUGCAUCAUACAAUCCAUUAAUUGCAUUUAACAGUUUUCACUUUUAAGAUUCAAGAAAUGGAUACAAUAACUUUAUUUCUGUUGUAAUUGUUUAUUAUUUUAAGUAUUUUUUUUUUUUUUUUGAAANUGUU